GAACUGGGUCUGGUGCUGGGAGAUCGUGUCGUUAUCACUGCCCCAAACUGUCUUUUACAAGUGUAUAGCAGGGUGUGUCUUUCUGUUUCAGGUCUCUUAGAACUGGGUCUGGUGCUGGGAGAUCGUGUCGUUAUCACUGCCCCAAACUGUCUCGAGUACCUGGACGUACUGCUAGGGUGCUCCAGAGUGGGCGUCUGUCUUAUCCUUAUAAAGUCUGGCUCGACUCCCGAGGAACUAAUGACCUUGGUGGACAGGUACAAGGUCAAGGUCGUUAUCGUCCAUUCAGGUGGAGACGCCAGCUUUGGCACCAGCGUCGUGGGCAAGUGCAAUGACUUCAAUCAUCCAAUGGAGCUUGUGAAAGUAGUCUGUGUUGAUUUCCAUGAGGAUGCCUCUUUUUGUACCACGUAUUCCACCAUGCUCCACAAGGACCUGUCAGAGACACAGACUGCCGCCGUCUUCGCCGCCCAACAAAAGGUUCAGAUGGAGGACCCUUUGCUUGCCUUGUUAACAUCUGGUAGCACGGGGCCGCCCAAAGCCUGCCUUUUCAAUCACUUCCAGUUCAUCCGAGUGUCCCUAAACAACAUGGCAGCGGGGUCUGUUCCUGACGGUGCUCGCUUUUUCAAUGAUCGUCCGUUUUCCUGGAAGGUGGGCGUGGCUGCCGGGCUGAACUUUAUCCCUGUUCGAGGAAUCACCCUGAUCUCCCAGCCCAGUGCCGUGUCCGUGACUAGAGGUGAUCUUGAAACUUCCUUCCGGAUCAUGCGCACUGAGAGAUGCACGCACGCGGUGAUUAUGCCGUACAUGCUGUAUGACAUCAGCAAGGCAAAGCCGUCCACAGGGCCGGAACUACCGCCAUUGCUGUACGGCCUUACCACCGGGCAGGUUACUCAAACAGAUGUUAUAAAAAGCUGCGUGGAGAAAUACCCGGGUCUAAUUAUUCUAAAUAUUUAUGGAGCAACUGAGAUCGACGGGUGGCCUUCAGAAGAGUACGCGGCAGACAACACAGAGAGUGGCGCCCUCGGGUGGUUUAAAAUCCAGGAGGGGGUCGAGGUCAAGGUUGUCGACGACGAAGGCCGGAUGGUACCCAGGGGGGAGCGAGGGGAGCUUUACGUUCGUGGACCAGCGGUCUUUGAGGGGUAUCUGGAUGACGAAAACCUCACGGCUAACGCUCUCACGCCAUUGAGGUGGUUUAAAACCGGAGACCUUGCCGUUAUGAACGACCUUGACCACAUCCGGAUACUGGGUAGGAAAUCGUUUGCAAUAAAAAGGGCAACCGUGUAUGUGAAUCCGGCGGAUGUGGAGAGCGUUCUCUCAGAGAAUCCUCUAAUUUCUCAGGUGGCAGUUGUUGGGGUCCCUGACCCCAGACUGCACGAGGAACUCUGCGCGUGUAUUAUUCCUAGCAACGACCCGGAAACGGAAAGUGAAGAGGUAAUACUGAAGGAGAUUCGUGAUUGGUGUAGGAAGCAGUUCCUUCCCGGCCCAGACGGACUUACUCUGGCUCCGAGAUAUUUUCUUCUGUUCUCGGCGUUUCCAUUGUCACAUUCUGGAAAAACGCAGCAACAAGAACUAAGAAAAUUGGCCAUUGAGAAACUAGGUUUAUUAUGACCUGAACUCCAAAUUAAAGACAUGUUUUACGCAAAGCCAAAUGAUCAUUUAACAAGUAGUAUUAUCGUCAUGAGCUCAAGCAUGCUUUUGGGAUACAUUGAUAUGUUAAUUAUUCCUCAUCCUUUUAGAUACAUUUUUUGUGUUAAUUAUCAGUUGUUUGUUGCACGAGGCAUUUUAUUUCCAUAAAGUACACUGAAUUAUUCAAUUAUUUAGCUAGUCCCUGCUGAAGUAAUUUAAAUCGUUUAGCCGAAAGGCUAAACAAGUCUAAAUAUAAAGACUCUAUUAACCAAUAGUAUUUAAAAUCGAUAGAAUAGGCCUAAUAUAUAUCUAUUUUUUAAAACAUUUUGAUCGGUCCAACGAAGUCCUGUGUUAUUUGUCGUGUGUUCCUGAUGUGACGCUUACAUUGUUAGACAUUACACUGGAUGUACGGAGGGAUUUUGGAUUGAUUCUAUUUUGAGUGUCGAUUACAUUGAGCCAGAAGAGAGGGGAGACAGUCGCAAAAACGUUUGAAGGUAUAAAAGAGUUUUGGUUUUUAGGGGUAUCCAACAGUUAUAAAGACCUACAUUUUGGA